UAAUAUAAUUUUUUGUCACGUCUUCUCCUCUGAGGUUCACUAGGCCUCUGUUUAAAAGGGAUUCUAGUUUUGGAUGUAAGUUAGUUCCUAGACGACAAGAUGGAUUUUCGGGCUGUCUGGUUCGUUGCUCUAUAUCUACAGAGCAUUUCUGCGCAAUGCAUUCGCAGUCCGACAAUCGAAACUUAUGAGGGACCAUUGCUUUCUUAUCCUGCUGCGUCUAUACCGCUAUCCGGAGUAAUUUCAGGUUUACCAGACAGCCUUGCCUCAUCUCCGAAUCCACUUUCGCCAUGGGCUUCAUCAAUGGUAUCUCCAUUGGCUCCCAUUGCCAUGCCAUGUUUAAAUGGUUUUGGGCCUGCUGCUUUAGCCGCCUCAACUGGCACUGCAUUGUUCACUACAAGUUACUCACCUAUUGCUCCAGUAGGAAUAUUCAUACAUUCGGAGAACUAUUUCGACGGUACCGUCUCCGUUGCUGGUCAAGUACCAUUCCUAGGAUCUAUAGCAUUGGAAGGAGCUCUACCGUCAGCGGGUACAGGAUCCAUAUUAUACGGAUGUGGUGAUGGAGACAUCUUUAUUAUGAGUGAGGAAGUUGCAGAUCCUUAUUACAAACGCGGAUCGAUAUACGAUUUUGGUCCAUAUGGGUAUGAAAGGCCGCCCUACGGAUACGGCUACGGUAUCAGGUACUAGAUAUUAAGUGUUUUUUCCUUUUUUAAAAACUCUAA